CAAGCAACUUGUUUCAACGAAACGCGGCGUCGCACGCUUGGCUUUUGGACGCGAGUGAAAUCGCACCUGCUCACUUGCGCGAAGCGAGCGCCCAUUCACACGAUCCUACAGGUGGAAUUUUCCUCCGCUGACAUUUCACUCGAAGCGUCCGAGAGACAAACUGCGGCGAUUCGGGGUUCAUUCAAGCCAAGAUGGACGUGUUGAAGAAGGGUUUUUCCAAAGCGAAGGAAGGUGUCGCGUCAGCGGCACAGAUGACCAAGCAGGGAGUGACCGGAGCCGCGGAGAUGACCAAGGACGGGGUCAUAUUCGUCGGGACCAAAACCAAGGAUGGAGUGACCACAGUUGCAGGAAAAACUGUGUCUGGAGUGUCCCAAGUGAGUGGAGCUGUGGUUACCGGGGUAACGGCAGUGGCCCACAAAACAGUGGAGGGAGCCGGUAGUAUCGCCGCCGCCACUGGAUUGGUCAAGAAGGAUCCUGCCAAACAAAACGAUGACACAUCUGUGGCAGACAAUUUAGCCGAAUCACCAGUUGGGACUGACUCUGCUGACGUCACAGAGGAUGACACUGACGAUUGAACAGACGCCAGAGAACGGAAAUCAAAGGUCACGACUGAAACAUUCCACAUCUCCCUGCCAAUUCCCAUCGUGCCUAACCGGAGUCUGUGCCCAGCAUCCUCAUGUGUGUGCCGUGCGUCCUGCUGUUGCGUGUGUCUCUCCGUUGUGCAUUUUGCACUUCAAGUGUGUUUCCCGUGACCCGCUGCCCUUUCCAGUGACUCCCUCCCACUGAGAAGCGCACCGUGUCACCAGGUGUGCGUGUCAACGUGGCGCUCCUCGACCAUCACCUAAGUGUCUGAAUAUGAGUGACGGCUUGAUGGAGAAAGUCUUAUUUUUUGUCUGUUUUCUGUGGUGGACUCUGAAGUGCUAAGCUAAUCGUGCAAUCGUACUUUGUAUGUAACCAUAGCGAUAAUGGUUCAAGAGCAUGUGAAACAAUCAGUGCUGUUUAUUUGAAUCGUGGGUGUUGAAUAAAAUGUGUACAAAGGUGUUGUAA